CCACCCAUCCGGGCCAGCCGCGGCCAUGGCCGAGACGGAGGAGCGCAGCCUGGACAACUUCUUCGCCAAGAGGGACAAGAAGAAGAAGAAGGAGCGGAGCGGCCGGGCGGCGAGCGCCGCGGGCUCGGCGGGCGGCGCCGGCGGGAGCGGCGGCGGCGCGGCGGGCGGCGGCGGCGGGGCGGGCGCGGGCUCCCGGCAGGGCGACGGCGGCGGGGCCGGCUCGGCGGGGGCCGCGGGCCUCGGGGCCGCCGGCAAGGCCGCGACCAAGGAUGAAGACGAAUGGAAAGACUUCGAGCAGAAGGAGGUGGACUACAGCGGCCUCCGAGUUCAGGCAAUGCAGAUAAGUGAAAAAGAGGAAGAUGAUAAUGAAAAAAGAGAAGAUCCCGGUGAUAAUUGGGAAGAAGGAGGCGGUGGCGGUGGCGGUGGCAGUGGUGUAGAAAAAUCUUCAGGUCCUUGGAAUAAAACAGCUCCUGUACAAGCACCUCCUACUCCAGUAAUAGUUACAGAAACUCCAGAACCGGCGAUGACUAGUGGUGUGUAUAGACCACCUGGGGCCAGGUUAACCACAACAAGGAAAACGCCACAAGGACCACCAGAAAUUUAUAGCGAUACACAAUUCCCAUCCCUGCAGUCCACUGCCAAGCAUGUAGAAAGCCGGAAAUACUGAGCCUUCGUAAGGGUUGACUACCUCAGAUUUGCUGCACUCAUUGUGGACUUCAUGUGGAUCACCACUUCUGGAUAAGAAGGUUACUGCUAUUAAGUGUCGUGAAACUUGAAACCAGCUCUACUGGAUUCCUAUUGAAAUCCUGCAGAAAGUCAGCCAUCUGGGUUCUGAUCUGCUGUAAAAGAUGAAGAUUUAAGUGACCUUAAUUAACCUGUCCUGUGCCCCACCCUUAAGGAAUAUUCUCUGUAGUGGGCUAUGGCUGUGUUAGACUUACUGAAACAUGCCGCUCAAAAGAACUGAAAAUGUUCAGAUAAUCUGUGUAGGGCUGUGAUUUCUAAUUUAAACUUUGAGUUAUAUUCUGAGGUAACCACAAAUUCAACCAAACUUGGGUUCCCCGAGUGGGAAAGGGGCUGGGGGAGGGAAUAAUUUUGUUUCUUUUAGUCAUUUCUUUUUUAUUUGGAUAGUGCUUUUUCUGUGUUCCACAUUAAGGCCUUUUUCGCUUUGACUUGGAGUAAGCCUUUGACAGAGCAUAUUGCUUGGUUAAACUGAAAUAUACAUUAGAAUUGCGAAAUGUCUUGUGAAUUUGCCAAUCCCUAGAGAGGAACCAAAAUGCUUUUGCUGUCAGAUGUCAAGGCAUUGGGUGCAGGAGGCUCUAUUUCAGGUGCUGCUAAGCCUCCUUGAAUCAGGUCUAAAUUGUGCAGUAAACUGCAGUAGGGAAGAGUCUGGUUUCUACUUAGGCCAAGGGAUUCACUCACUUGUCCUUAUAAAUUCAAAGCCAUGGGAGCAGAAUUUCACCUAAAACCCAUUUUAAGUUUUUCAGAUCUUGCAUGAUCUUUGACAAGAUUCCAGAUACACAUGUGCCCAUUUUUUAAUGAACAUUAAAAUAGGAAUGUUCAUUAAAGUAUUGAACAUUAUAUAGAUGCAGUGAUUGUCCCAGUCUAGUUGUUACCCCACCUUUCGGUGAGUCUUACGCUGCUCAUUUGGGAAGUCAGGGGUGAAAAUUGGGUGAUCAAAAACACUUCCGUUUUUAAUAAUGACAAUUUAAAAUAUCCAACUUAAAAUUACAGCUUAAAUAAUCCUAAAAGAAUAGUCUUAAAGAAGUGGCUCAUGAUUACCCAAGUUUCUUAACUUCAAGAUAGGAUGGUAAUGCCCUAGUUUUGUAUCUUCGAUGCAAUAGAAAUAUUCAGAGUGGUGUGCGACCACGAUGCAGAGUCUGUAUUUCUCUAAAAAUGUCUUUGCCAAAUGCAGGAGUUGCAGACUAGCUACUGAUGAGAGUGAAGCAAAUGAGUAAAAUUACCCUUUAAAAUGAGCCUUUUCCUAAAGGAGUUAUGUUUUUAUUAAAGUAUUACUAUGGGAAUGGAACUUCUGGGAGGGUCACAGCAUCUCCUGACGGGACCUGCCAACUGUUUUCUGGCAAUUCUGUUGGUUUUGAGGUGAUAGAAAGAAUGUCUUCUGAAUGAUUUGGGUGGGGAGCUAGCUGAACCAGCCAGUGAAAGGUUGGGAUGAUUAAUGGAAAAAAAGAAAGAAAAAAGAAAAAGCAAAACAAUACAAGGGACUUGAUUUAAACUGAUGGCUUUAUUUGGGAACCAAAAAUCUUAAGUAAUCUUUUGAACCUUGAACCACCUUUUCCCCAGAAAUUAUGCCAUUUUAUUUUCUAGUAAAAUUUGGGGGGGAAGGUUAUGUUACUGAGAAAUGAACUGAGAUGAAUAUGUGGAAGUUUUAUUUAAUGGCAUAGUGUACUAGAAAUAUGAAAGCCUGCAGGAGAUUUUAAAUUACAACUCUUGUUAAAACUUUUUAAAAGAUUGUGAAAUUACCAAAAUGCACAUGAAAUCAAGUUUUAAUAUACUGUAUGAUGGGUGGAUGAUGAGGCUGUCCAUUGUACCAUUUCUUUCUUUGAAUUCUCAGGCAUGGUUUGGCAGUGCAAGAACUCUGUAACAUUAACAAAUUCAAUAAAAAUUAAAUAUAUGGAU